ACUGGAGAGAAGGAGAGAGAGAGAGAGAGAGAGAGAGAGGGAGAAAGAGAGAGAGAGAGGUCUUGCCUCUUGUCUUCCAGAGAAGAUCUUUGAUUCCGCGCCGGCCACUCUUCAGUGCGUAAGUCCCGCUCCGCUUUCUCCUCCUUCUCCCCUUUCUCCUCUUCCUUUUCUCCGUAGAGCGCGCGCGGCUCCUAUCAGAAACGAAGCCAAACCCGUAAGUUUGAAGUUAGGUUUCCCGGAGAGCCGCUCCUUUUUGCGCGUAGAGCCGCGCGCUGUCCUUGGUGCUGAAAGUGCGCGCGCUGGUCUCCAGCUGUUCCAAGUUGCUGCUGCACAGCUGACCGCAGGUCUGUUGUCUGUCCACAGCGGAAACCUGCACCUCCUCCAGGAGUCACGGCGCACUCCAGUGCGUGAAGAUGCUCCGCGGGACAGAACCCGGCACCGACCGCCCUGUUUGGACCAGGAACCCCAGAAGCUCCACUCCAUAAAAAGUGGAGGAUUUUCGGGAUAGUAAGUCACCUGAAGCCCGUCCUCGAAUGAUGGGGAUAAAGCACCUCCUGCUUCUCCUGAUCUACUUAGACCCGCUGAAUGCCCUGAGCGCCUCCUCCACCAACAACAAGAAGAGCAAGAGCCCGCCGAGGCGGAACCAGGGGGUGAAGCAGGUCAACGCCAGCACCACGGCAGUCCCCGCGGCCGCCCCGGGGAGGAUCACCCAGCUGCAGGCCCCCCCGGUCGGCCAGCACGACACCUGCAUGGGCUACUACGACGUGAGCGGCCAGUACGACAAAGAGUUCGCGUGCAACAACACGGACCACCGCUUCUGCUGCGGCAGCUGCUUCCUGCGCUUCUGCUGCGCGGACCGCGGCAAGCGGCUGGAGCAGAAGAGCUGCACCAACUACAACACCCCCGGAUGGAUCAAGACGCAGCCGCCCUCCCCGGCGCCCACCGGGGACACCUACGACCCGGAGCUGGACCAGACCAACACCACCGUCUACAUCAUGUGCGGCGUCAUCGCGCUCAUCAUCGCCAUCGGGAUUUCCGUCAAAGUUGCGUACGACAAAGCCACCAAGCCGCCUCAGGAGAUGAACGUGCACAGAGCUUUGGCAGAUAUUCUGAGGCAACAAGGUCCAGUUUCCAUAAAUCAGUACGAACAAGAAGACAUGGCGGAGAUGGGUGGGUCCCCCAAAGACGAGACACCGGUCAGGACCUCCAAGAACCACUACACGCCCGUUCACACCAUGGCAUCAAACCACGGUCAUUACGGCAAAGAGAAUCUGCGCAGCGGAGGCCAAGACAUGCACAACUUCAUCUCCUCUGGCUUUGUUACUCUGGGACGUGGCCACCUCAAAGCGCAGCAUUCCAUAGACGAGUCUGGCCAGAUGUCCUGGCAGGGCGACCUGGACCUCCCCAUGUCCUAUGGAAACCAUCAACAUGACUACCAGCACAGCCACCUGGACCUGACUGUGCUCACACCUAAACUGGAAAGACCUCAGCGGAUGAACAACAUCCUGACCUCAGCAACAGAGCCCUAUGACCUGUCCCUGUCCAGAUCCUUCCAGAACCUGAACCAUCUGGCACCGUCCUACGAGCUCACCCUCAAGCCCGAUUUAGGUGAUAAAGACGUAGACAGUUACUACCCAAGAAAGCAUCAUCACGGGGAAGGUGGGGGCCGGGGUCCGACCCACAUGGUGAAGCUGAAUUCAGAGCCCCACCAGCAUCAACAGCGGCAGCGGCCACGUCGGGUCCAGAGGGCCAUGUCCCAGGACCACGUUCUGUCCCCUCCCAGGACACCGCGGCGUGGAGACUACGGCCUAUCAUCGUACGGCGCCGUGGCAGCCGCCGCUUACGGAAGCAGUCGCAACCUCUCUAAUGAGCAGCUGCUCUCCGCAGACCGCCUACACUCCCAGGAUCCUUUGCUGCUGUCUCCAGCAAUGAGGCGCGACAAGUUCCGGGAGAAGGCCAUGGCGCGGGCCAUGUCCCACGCUGACAUGUUGAUGCCAACCACUCCGGUCAUGGACCGCCACAAGGUGACCAAGAUGCACUCCCAACCCAGUGCCUCUACUGACUCCUACAACACGCUGAUGGUGAAUCAUCAUGCAAGCACAUCCAAGAGGCAGGCGUUUGCUUCCCGACGGACACACACAGUGGACCACCUACAGUACAUUCCAGGCCACCACCACACAUACCGCACUGCCAGUAAGAACGAGGUAACUGUUUAACCACGAAACGCCCACCGACACCUCCCUGCAGCUCGCUCUCCUGUUUAUCUCCAAUAGGACUCCUCCUCCUGCUUUUUAACCCCAACUUUGUCUCAUCCAGACUUUUGGGAAUAAACCUGGGAAAAGUUUCUCUCUUAGAGCAUCAUAAGGGCUUUGCGCAUCGACACAAAGAUCCCUCGCGGCAAACGCAAAAAAACUAUUUUUUAAACCGGACUCUUGUCUCCAAAAUUAUCAUCUUUAUAAAUAUAUAAAUAAACUAUAUUUACUAUUUGUAUUUUCAGUCCUUGUUAUAGCUUUAGAGAUUGUCAAUAACUUAAUGUAAGCACUUGGAGCGGUGCCUCUUGAAAUCGUCCAAUUUCUGCAUUGAAGUGGAUUUGUCGGUUAAAAAGCACAAUUUCCAUUUUGUUUUUGGAUUUCUUUCCUCUUCUUUUUUCUUUUUCUUUUUUUUUGGUGAACAGCCGGAACAUAUCAGCUUAUACUGUAAGUGGAAACAGGCUUUUUCUGUUGCGUACAAUAGUCGAUUGUAAAUAAGCUAUAUUAGCAGCAUAAAAGAGGGAAAGCUGGCUUUUUUUCUCCCAAGCGGAGCCGAUCUUACUGUAGAUUCCUGUUUAUUCAUUUCGAUUUUAGAUAAGUCCCCAGAUUAGAAUUAUUUCCACUGAUGUCUGCAAAUUGUGUGGAUCUAAUAUCUGUAUGGGGAGUCUUCUCAAACUGGGCUUGUGGUAUGGAAACCUUUCAUCAGUGCUGAGUGGCAGCUUCAGGCGGUCAUGUUUGUAACUCUCUUCGCUUGGUCCACCCUACUGGCUGGAUGUUGACCCCCCCCAAAAGCUUCCAUCUCUACACAUCAGGUGUUGUGGAGCAAUUUUUGGCCGAGAUGUUUUCAUUAAAGCAAUGCCUUAUUGUCCUGAAUCACACGCGCCCUUAAAUCAACAGUCCUCCCUCUGUUUUGCCCUUUUUAUCAAACGUAUAGCUGACCAGCAGAGCCAGGGUCUAAAUUUCAAGCUGCUCUUUUGUGCCACUUGAUCACAGGGUGCCAAAGUCACUGCCAAAGAGGGAUGGAGUGGCUAACUGAUGGUUAAAGAAGUGCACGUGCCAAAACUGCAGUUCUUCAGCUCACCACUCGAGGCUCCAAAAGCUCAAACAGACGUAAACAUGUAGCCGCUUGUCACGCUUUUGUGAUGGAAAGUUAAACGCCUCAUUAGUCAAUACGCAAUUCAUUAAAAAGAAAAAAUGAUAUUUUUCAGACUAAUCCUUUUUUCACAAGUUUUAUCCUCUUUUAUUUCCUUUUAUUCCAAAAUGAUUUUAUUUUAUAUUCAAAGUCUUUCUAAAGUCCCAAUCCGAUCAUCUAAUUAAUCUAGUUUCAAAGCGUUCCCAUUUUGUUAUGAUUUUUACCCAACAUCUAAACACCUGCCUGGUUUUUUAGGACGUAAUAAAACAUACAAAAUCCUGAGUGGUUUUCUAGGACGUAGUUUCUGCAGAGCAGUUCAUUAGAAAUUCUCCUCUGAGUUGACUCCAAAGGAUCAAAAAGGUUUUUACGUUAAAAUAAAACAUCAGGAUUUACUUACCUUCUAAUCUUACUAUAAAAAGCGAAACACUGUACUGUAAAACUAGUUCUGAAAGUUGUGUCUUUUGCUAUUGAGGCUGCUUCUCUGCAAAUAUUUUGCAAUUGAAUGGACUUUUUUUUAAAAGUCUUCAAAAACCCACGUGACAAUCUAAUGAGCCACCAGUGGAUUUAAAAAAAAACCUCCUAAGUUCCUACAUAAAAGAGCAAAUUUUCGUAAAUCUACUUUGUCUUAUGAAACAGACCUUUAGAAAGACCCACGUUUGUGACAUUUCAGGUAAAUAAACCUCCAAACUUCUGCAGAAGAUCAUCAACAUUUGGACAAAUGCAUGAAAAUCAGAUACAUAAAUAUUGAGGUAAUUUAUGGGAGAUCUGAUAAAAAUGUUUCACUUUGUGCUUUGGCUUGAAAAAUUUUGAAUGUUUCAAAAUAUCUGUUAUUCAUAGUCACCUAAACCUGUUUUAGAUUAGGAUUAGGAUUGGAUGAUCCAUUGAGUUUUUAUCUAUUUAAAUUUUGGAAAAAAUCUAAGGAAACUUUAUUUAUACAAGACCUAAACACACUGGUUGUGUAUAAAAACAAAUUACUUUAAGACAACAGCCCCAAACCUGCAUAAAAUGGAAAAAUAUGCAUUUCAAAUCCAUAAAAUCAACUAAAAAGAGUUAAAAAACCAAAGAGAAUUCAAGAUCUUAGCUUACAAAAACAUCACAUCUGGAAGUGUGUGGACAUCAAAUCUGGAGCAGCAACAGAAAAAUCAUUGUUAAAAAUCCAUAAGGUAAAUGUGGUCCCGCUGUUUGACUCCAGGCUGUGGUGCAGCGGAACCACAGUGAUCAGCAAACAUCUCGUCUAGUUUGAGACCUGGUUUGGUCAGAGUCUGGUAGUUUGCAUAAAACAACAAUCGGUGUCAAACUCCUACAAGCCCCAUAAGGCAAUGAAGUUCCCUUAAGGGCUGCUGUUCAACUUUGUUUCUAUUUGUUUCAAUAGAAACAAGUUUUUUUUUUUUUUAAGUUUGAUAUAAUUUUCACAUUUAACUUGAAGCAGAAUCCUUUUUUUUUUUUUUAAAAAAGCCAACUAUUGGUGUUUUUAAUGGUAUUUGCUUUGAUUUCAAUGGUUGAAAACUGUGAGACGUGUGGCCCCUGAGAGGUGACGACCCCCCAAACUCAGAGGAACACAUGAGGAAUGUAUGUUCUGGAGGUAAAACUCACAACCAGACUUUUCUAUUCGUAAAUAUGUGAAAGAAAGCCUCAGUUUCCCAGACAGCCUGUGUAAAUCUUUCAGAAAAACGAGUCUACGUGUUUGUCCAACCGGUCUUUGGCUGCUCAACGGCAGCCGUCAGGUUCCUGCCCCAGUAACAGACAGAGGCAAGUUUGUACCAUUAAAAACAUCUCAGACCUGAUUCAUCCAUUUUUUGAUGCCCAAUCUGAGAUUUUCAGGAUCUUUGUUUGGAACAUGAAGUCGUCGGCGUCCUCCUCACCAAAGAGUCUUCUGGAAUUUUGACCUAAUCUGCAGAAGAAAUUCACACUUCUUUUGAAUUGUGAUUGGACUAAAGGGCAAAAGGUUGUUUUAAUCGUUUGUGAUCACGUUCACAGCUGCUCCUCAUGUCUUGUUGCGAGUUGAUUUGACUUCUGCUGUUGGAUCAUGGAUGUGAGACUUUGGUCGGGCGGAUCUCCAGUCCAGAUAACGGAUUUUCCCAACUCGAUGUGCCACUUUCCUUUUUAAUGCCAGAUCUGCAUUUAAUGAUGUCAGUCAGAGACUUAACUUUACUGUCUUUGUACUUUGGAUAUUUCCUUUCUUCGUCUGCAGAAAAGGAGGAUGGCCUCGUCUCUGUGUCACCUUUUCAGAGGACUGUGAUACGCUAAUAUCUGCGGAUCUCCGGUUUGCUCGACGGAUCUCACAAACUUGUUUCUUCUUAUCUCCUAAUUAAUAAUGAUGUCAUCCCAAGAGCCUUUUCUCUAUGUGCAAUAUUUUCUAUUCACGCCGUGUAAGUCUCCUCAGUCUUGAAAAGGUUCGGUUGCUUCCAUCAAAGCUUUGUUGUCCUUUCGGUUUAGGAUUGUAUCGUCUUUCAUUGUCAAAGAAAGCGUCUGUGACUCUUUGAAAUGAAACGGACGGCGGAGUUGUGCUUCAAACCCGCAGGAUGACUGUUUGUGUGCAUUUUGGGUUGUUUAUGAUUAUUAAAGCACAUCAAGAGUGUUA